AUGCCGCGCUCGCGGGGAUGGGAGCAGGGGCGCUGCGGCUGCCCCGCGGGGAGGGCUCGCGGCGAAGCCGGGAUUUCGGCGCUCGUGCCGGGCGCCGGGAGCCGCUGGGGCCGCCUGCCGCCGCCAACGCCGCCGCCGCUGCUGCUGCUGCUGGGCUGGGGGCUGCUCAGCGCGUCGGCCGCCGCGGGCCAGAACUGCACGUUCCAACUGCACGGCCCGAAUGGGACAGUUGAGAGCCCAGGGUUCCCGUAUGGCUACCCCAACUAUGCCAACUGCACGUGGACCAUCACAGCGGAGGACCAGCACAGGAUCCAGCUCGUGUUCCAGUCCUUUGCCCUGGAAGAAGACUUUGAUGUCCUGUCAGUGUUUGAUGGCCCACCCCAGCCAGAGAACCUACGAACAAGGCUCACGGGCUUUCAGCUGCCAGCCACCAUUGUCAGCGCGGCCACCACCCUCUCUCUGCGUCUCAUCAGCGACUACGCGGUCAGUGCCCAAGGCUUCCACGCCAGCUAUGAAGUUCUCCCCAGUCACACCUGUGGGAACCCAGGGAGGCUGACCAAUGGCAUCCAGCAGGGCUCAACCUUCAACCUUGGUGACAAGGUCCGCUAUAGCUGCAACCCCGGCUUCUUCCUGGAGGGCCAUGCCGUGCUCACCUGCCACGCCAGCUCCGAGAACAGUGCCACGUGGGACUUCCCCCUGCCCUCCUGCAGAGCGGACGAUGCCUGUGGCGGGACCCUGCGGGGCCAGAGUGGCAUCAUCUCCAGCCCCCACUUCCCCUCGGAGUACCAUAACAAUGCCGACUGCACGUGGACCAUCCUGGCUGAGCUGGGAGACACCAUCGCCCUGGUCUUCAUUGACUUCCAGCUGGAGGAUGGUUACGACUUUCUGGAAGUCACAGGGACCGAAGGCUCCUCCCUCUGGUUCACAGGAGCCAGCCUCCCAGCCCCCGUCAUCAGCAGCAAGAACUGGCUACGGCUGCACUUCACGUCGGACGGCAACCACCGGCAGCGCGGCUUCAGCGCCCAGUACCAAGUUAAGAAGCAAAUUGAGCUGAAGUCUCGAGGCGUGAAGCUGAUGCCCAGCAAAGAUAACAGCCAGAAGACAUCUGUGUUAACUCAGGUUGGUGUAUCCCAAGGACAUAAUAUGUGUCCAGAUCCUGGCGUACCCGAAAGGGGCAAAAGACUAGGCUCGGAUUUCAGGUUAGGAUCCAGUGUCCAGUUUACCUGCAAUGAGGGCUAUGACCUGCAAGGGUCCAAGCGGAUCACCUGUAUGAAAGUGAGCGACAUGUUUGCUGCCUGGAGCGACCACAGGCCAGUCUGCCGAGCCCGCAUGUGUGAUGCCCACCUUCGAGGCCCCUCGGGCAUCAUCACCUCCCCCAAUUUCCCCAUUCAAUAUGACAACAAUGCACACUGUGUAUGGAUCAUCACAGCUCUCAACCCCGCCAAGGUGAUCAAGCUCGCCUUUGAGGAGUUUGAUUUGGAGAGGGGCUAUGACACACUGACGGUCGGGGACGGUGGGCAGGAUGGGGACCAGAAGACGGUUCUCUACAUCCUGACAGGUACGUCGGUCCCAGAUCUGAUUGUCAGCACCAACCAUCAAAUGUGGCUCCUCUUCCAGACCGAUGGCAGUGGCAGCUCCCUGGGAUUCAAGGCUUCUUAUGAAGAGAUCGAACAGGGCAGUUGCGGUGACCCUGGUAUACCUGCCUAUGGCCGGAGGGAAGGCUCCCGGUUUCACCACGGUGACACGCUCAAGUUUGAGUGCCAGCCUGCCUUUGAGCUGGUGGGCCAGAAGGCAAUCACGUGCCAAAAGAAUAACCAGUGGUCGGCUAAGAAGCCAGGCUGCGUGUUUUCCUGCUUCUUCAAUUUCACCAGCCCAUCCGGGGUCGUCCUGUCUCCCAAUUACCCAGAGGACUACGGCAACCACCUCCAUUGCGUCUGGCUCAUCCUGGCCAGGCCUGAGAGCCGCGUCCACCUGGCCUUCAAUGACAUUGAUGUGGAGCCUCAGUUUGAUUUCCUGGUCAUCAAGGAUGGAGCCACUGCUGAGGCCCCAGUCCUGGGCACCUUCUCGGGAAACCAGCUCCCCUCCUCCAUCACAAGCAGCGGCCACGUGGCCCGUCUUGAGUUCCAGACUGACCACUCCACGGGCAAGAGGGGCUUCAAUAUCACCUUCACCACCUUCCGACACAACGAGUGCCCAGAUCCUGGUGUUCCGGUGAACGGCAAACGGUUUGGUGACAGCCUGCAGCUGGGCAGCUCUAUCUCCUUCCUGUGUGACGAAGGCUUCCUGGGGACACAGGGCUCAGAGACCAUCACUUGCAUCCUGAAGGAGGGCAGCGUGGUCUGGAACAGCGCCGUGCUGCGGUGUGAAGCUCCCUGCGGUGGGCACCUGACUUCUCCCAGCGGCACCAUCCUCUCCCCGGGCUGGCCGGGCUUCUACAAGGACGCUCUGAGCUGUGCUUGGGUGAUUGAAGCCCAGCCCGGCUACCCCAUCAAAAUCACCUUCGACAGAUUCAAAACCGAGGUGAACUAUGACACCCUGGAAGUACGAGAUGGGCGGACAUACUCAGCACCCUUGAUCGGGGUUUACCACGGGACCCAGGUCCCCCAGUUUCUCAUCAGCACCAGCAACUACCUCUACCUCCUCUUCUCCACUGACAAGAGUCACUCAGAUGUCGGCUUCCAGCUCCGCUAUGAAACUAUAACACUGCAGUCAGACCACUGUCUGGAUCCAGGGAUCCCUGUAAACGGGCAGCGUCAUGGGAAUGACUUCUACGUAGGUGCUCUGGUGACCUUCAGUUGCGACUCAGGCUACACAUUAAGUGAUGGGGAGCCCCUGGAGUGUGAGCCCAACUUCCAGUGGAGCCGGGCCCUGCCCAGCUGUGAAGCUCUCUGUGGUGGCUUCAUUCAAGGUUCCAGCGGGACCAUCCUGUCACCAGGGUUCCCUGACUUCUACCCCAACAACUUGAACUGCACCUGGGUUAUCGAAACAUCACACGGCAAGGGUGUGUUCUUUACUUUCCACACUUUCCACCUGGAGAGCGGCCACGACUACCUCCUCAUCACCGAGAAUGGCAGCUUCACCCAGCCCCUGCGGCAGCUGACCGGCUCGCGGCUGCCCGCUCCCAUCAGUGCAGGGCUCUACGGCAACUUCACUGCCCAAGUCCGCUUCAUUUCUGAUUUCUCCAUGUCGUACGAGGGAUUCAACAUCACCUUCUCAGAGUACGACCUGGAGCCCUGUGAGGAGCCCGAAGUCCCCGCCUACAGCAUCCGGAAGGGCUUGCAGUUCGGCGUGGGCGACACCCUCACCUUCUCCUGCUUCCCCGGGUACCGUCUGGAGGGCACCGCCCGCAUCAUGUGCCUGGGGGGCAGACGGCGCCUGUGGAGCUCGCCUCUGCCAAGGUGUGUUGCUGAGUGUGGCAAUUCAGUCACGGGCACUCAGGGUACUUUGCUGUCCCCCAACUUUCCUGUGAACUACAAUAACAAUCAUGAAUGCAUCUACUCCAUCCAGACCCAGCCAGGGAAGGGGAUUCAGCUGAAAGCCAGGGCGUUCGAACUCUCCGAAGGAGAUGUCCUCAAGGUUUACGAUGGCAACAACAACUCCGCCCGCUUAUUGGGUGUGUUCAGCAACUCUGAGAUGAUGGGGGUGACUCUGAACAGCACAUCCAGCAGUCUGUGGCUGGAUUUCAUCACUGAUGCUGAAAACACCAGCAAGGGCUUCGAAUUGCAGUUUUCCAGUUUUGAACUCAUCAAAUGUGAGGACCCAGGAACCCCCCAGUUUGGCUACAAGGUCCAUGACGGAGGUCAUUUUGCAGGGAGCUCUGUGUCCUUCAGCUGUGACCCUGGAUACAGCCUGCGGGGCAGUGAAGAGCUGCUAUGUCUGAGCGGGGAGCGCAGGACCUGGGACCGGCCUCUGCCCGUCUGUGUUGCUGAGUGUGGAGGGACAGUGAAAGGAGAAGUGUCGGGCCAGGUGCUGUCACCCGGGUAUCCAGCUCCCUAUGAACACAAUCUCAACUGUAUCUGGACCAUUGAAGCAGACGCCGGCUGCACCAUUGGGCUCCACUUCCUGGUGUUCGACACGGAGGAGGUCCACGACGUGCUGCGCAUCUGGGACGGGCCGGUGGAGAGCGGGGUCCUGCUGAAGGAGCUGAGCGGCCCGGUCCUGCCCAAGGACCUGCACAGCACCUUCAACUCGGUGGUUCUGCAGUUCAGCACCGACUUCUUCACCAGCAAGCAGGGCUUUGCCGUCCAGUUCUCAGUGUCCACAGCAACGUCCUGCAAUGACCCUGGGGUCCCGCAGAAUGGGAGCCGGAGUGGUGACAGUUGGGAAGCCGGGGACUCCACGGUGUUUCAGUGUGACCCAGGCUACGCGCUGCAGGGAAGCGCAGAAAUCAGCUGUGUGAAGAUCGAGAACAGGUUCUUCUGGCAGCCCAGCCCGCCGACGUGCAUCGCUCCCUGCGGGGGAGACCUGACGGGACCAUCAGGAGUCAUCCUGUCACCAAAUUACCCAGAGCCUUACCCACCAGGCAAGGAGUGUGACUGGAAAGUGACCGUCUCGCCGGACUACGUCAUCGCCUUGGUAUUUAACAUCUUUAACUUGGAGCCUGGCUAUGACUUCCUGCAUAUCUACGACGGACGGGACUCUCUCAGCCCUCUCAUAGGAAGCUUCUAUGGCUCCCAGCUUCCAGGCCGCAUUGAGAGCAGUAGCAACAGCCUCUUCCUCGCCUUCCGCAGUGACGCAAGUGUGAGCAAUGCCGGCUUCGUCAUAGACUACUCAGAAAACCCGCGGGAGUCAUGUUUUGAUCCUGGUUCCAUCAAGAACGGCACACGAGUGGGGUCCGACCUGAAGCUGGGCUCCUCCAUCACCUACUACUGCCAUGGGGGCUACGAAGUUGAGGGCUCCUCCACCCUGACCUGCGUCCUGGGCCCCGACGGGAAGCCCGUGUGGAACAAUCCCCGGCCGGUCUGCACAGCCCCCUGUGGGGGACAGUAUGUGGGUACAGAUGGAGUGGUCUUGUCCCCCAAUUACCCCCAGAACUAUACCAGUGGACAGACCUGCUUGUAUUUUGUCACCGUGCCUAAGGACUACGUGGUGUUUGGCCAGUUCGCCUUCUUCCACACGGCCCUCAACGACGUGGUAGAGGUGCACGACGGCCACAGCCAGCACUCCCGGCUCCUCAGCUCCCUCUCCGGCUCCCACACAGGAGAAUCACUGCCCUUGGCCACCUCCAAUCAAGUUCUCAUUAAGUUCAGUGCCAAAGGCCAAGUACCAGCCAGAGGUUUCCACUUUGUCUACCAAGCUGUACCGCGAACCAGCGCCACGCAGUGCAGCUCGGUGCCAGAACCCCGCUAUGGCAAGAGGCUGGGCAGUGACUUCUCGGUAGGGGCCAUCGUCCGCUUCGAAUGCAACUCGGGCUAUGCGCUGCAGGGGUCCCCAGAAAUUGAGUGCCUUCCUGUACCUGGGGCUUUGGCCCAGUGGAACGUCUCAGCUCCCACGUGUGUGGUGCCAUGUGGUGGCAAUCUCACAGAGCGCCGGGGCACCAUCCUGUCCCCUGGUUUCCCGGAGCCAUACCUCAACAGCCUCAACUGUGUGUGGAAGAUCAUGGUCCCUGAAGGCGCUGGCAUCCAGAUUCAGGUCAUCAGUUUUGUCACAGAGCAGAACUGGGACUCCCUAGAAGUGUUUGACGGUGCAGAUAACACUGUAACCAUGCUGGGGAGUUUCUCAGGAACAACUGUGCCUGCCCUUCUGAACAGCACCUCCAACCAGCUCUACCUUCACUUCUACUCAGACAUCAGCGUGUCUGCAGCUGGCUUCCACCUGGAAUACAAAACGGUGGGCCUGAGCAGUUGUCCAGAACCCGCUGUGCCCAGUAAUGGGGUGAAGACGGGUGAGCGCUACUUGGUGAACGACGUGGUCUCUUUCCAGUGUGAGCCAGGAUACGUCCUCCAGGGACACGCCCACAUCUCCUGCAUGCCCGGAACCGUGCGGCGAUGGAACUACCCUCCUCCUCUCUGUAUUGCGCAGUGUGGGGGAACAGUGGAGGAGAUGGAGGGGGUGAUCCUAAGCCCGGGCUUCCCAGGCAACUACCCCAGUAACAUGGAUUGCUCCUGGAAAAUAGCGCUGCCUGUAGGCUUUGGAGCGCACAUCCAGUUCCUGAACUUCUCCACCGAGCCCAACCACGACUUCAUAGAAAUCCGGAACGGCCCCUAUGAGACCAGCCGCAUGAUGGGCAGAUUCAGUGGCAGCGAGCUUCCCAGCUCCCUGCUAUCCACGUCCCACGAGACCACCGUGUAUUUCCACAGUGACCACUCCCAGAACCGGCCAGGAUUCAAGCUGGAGUAUCAGGCCUAUGAACUUCAAGAGUGCCCAGACCCAGAACCUUUUGCCAAUGGCAUCGUGAGGGGUGCUGGCUACAAUGUUGGACAGUCAGUGACCUUCGAGUGCCUCCCAGGAUAUCAACUGAUUGGCCACCCCAUCCUCACAUGUCAACAUGGCACCAACCGGAAUUGGGAUCACCCCCUGCCCAGGUGUGAAGUCCCCUGUGGCGGCAAUGUCACCUCAUCCAAUGGCACUGUGUACUCCCCGGGCUUCCCCAGCCCCUACUCCAGCUCCCAGGACUGUGUCUGGCUGAUCACUGUGCCUGUUGGCCAUGGCGUCCGCCUCAAUCUCACUCUGCUACAGACAGAGCCCUCCGGAGAUUUCAUCACUGUCUGGGAUGGGCCACAGCAGACAGCUCCACGGCUUGGGGUCUUCACCCGGACCUUGGCCAAGAAGGCGUUGCACAGCUCAUCCAAUCAGGUCCUGCUCAAGUUCCACCGUGACGCAGCCACAGGGAGCAUCUUUGCCUUGGCCUUCUCCGCUUAUCCACUCACCAAAUGCCCUCCUCCCACCAUCCUCCCCAACGCCGAAGUCGUCACGGAGAAUGAAGAAUUCAACAUAGUGCAUUGCCCAACGAAUGAGCUUCUCACAGACUCCACAGGCGUGAUCCUGAGUCAGAGCUACCCAGGGAGCUACCCCCAGUUCCAGACCUGCUCUUGGCUGGUGAGGGUGGAACCAGAAUAUAACAUCACCAUCACCGUGGAGUACUUCCUCAGCGAAAGGCAAUAUGAUGAGUUUGAGAUCUUUGAUGGGCCCUCAGGACAGAGUCCUCUGCUGAAAGCCCUCAGUGGGAAUUACUCAGCUCCCCUGGCUGUCACCAGCUCAAGCAGCUCUGUGUACCUGCGCUGGUCAUCUGAUCACGCCUACAAUCGGAAGGGCUUUAAGAUUCGAUAUUCAGCUCCCUACUGCAGCCUGCCUAGGGCUCCCCUCCAUGGCUUCAUCCUGGGCCAGACCAGCACCCAGCCCGGGGGCUCCAUCCACUUUGGCUGCAAUGCUGGCUACCGCUUGGUGGGACACAGCAUGGCCAUCUGUACCCGGCACCCUCAGGGCUACCACCUGUGGAGCGAGGCCAUUCCUCUCUGUCAAGCUCUUUCCUGUGGGCUUCCUGAGGCCCCCAAGAAUGGAAUGGUGUUUGGCAAGGAGUACACAGUUGGAACCAAGGCCAUGUACAGCUGCAGUGAAGGCUACCACCUCCAGGAAGGCGCCGAGGCCACUGCAGAGUGUCUGGACACAGGCCUGUGGAGCAACCACAAUGUCCCUCCGAAGUGUGUCCCCGUGACCUGUCCUGAUGUCAGCAGCAUCGGCGUGGAGCAUGGCCGAUGGAGGCUCAUCUUUGAGACACAGUACCAGUUCCAGGCCCAGCUGAUGCUUGUCUGUGACCCUGGCUACUACUACACUGGCCAGAGGGUCAUCCACUGUCAGGCCAAUGGCAAAUGGAGCCUCGGGGACUCUCUGCCCACCUGUCACAUCCCCAUCCCCCCCAAUGGGCACCGAAUCGGGACUCUGUCUGUCUAUGGGGCCACAGCCAUCUUCUCCUGCAACUCCGGGUACACACUGGUGGGCUCCAGGGUGCGGGAGUGCAUGGCCAAUGGGCUCUGGAGUGGCUCUGAAGUCCGCUGCCUGGACACAGAAACUAAACUGCACCUUGUUUUCUGGAAGUUCAUGUUUGCUUUACUGUCCCUCCCAUCUUCCACCAAAGCUGGACACUGCGGGACUCCCGAGCCUAUCGUCAAUGGACACAUCAACGGUGAGAACUACAACUACCGGGGCAGCGUGGUGUACCAGUGCAACGCCGGCUUCCGCCUCAUCGGCAUGUCUGUGCGCAUCUGCCAGCAGGAUCAUCACUGGUCGGGCAAGACCCCUUUCUGUGUGCCAAUCACCUGUGGACACCCAGGCAACCCUGUCAAUGGCCUCACUCAGGGCAACCAGUUUAACCUCAACGAUGUGGUCAAGUUUGUUUGCAACCCUGGUUAUGUGGCUGAGGGGGCUGCUAGGUCCCAGUGCUUGGCCAGCGGGCAGUGGAGUGACAUGCUGCCCACCUGCAGAAUCAUCAACUGCACAGAUCCCGGACACCAAGAAAACAGCGUCCGUCAAGUCCACGCCAGCGGCCCGCACAGGUUCAGCUACGGCACCACCGUGUCCUUCCAGUGCAACCACGGCUUCUACCUCCUGGGCACCCCAGUGCUCAGCUGCCAGGGAGACGGCACGUGGGACCGUCCUCGCCCCCAGUGUCUCUUGGUAUCCUGUGGCCACCCGGGCUCCCCGCCUCAUGCCCAGAUGUCUGGAGACAGCUUUACUGUGGGAGCGGUGGUGCGUUACAGCUGCACCGGCAAGCGGACCCUGGUGGGAAAUGCCACCCGCAUGUGUGGGCUGGACGGACACUGGACUGGCUCCCUCCCCCACUGCUCAGGAACCAGCACGGGAGUUUGUGGUGACCCUGGGAUCCCAGCCCAUGGCAUCCGACUAGGGGAUAGCUUUGACCCAGGCAGCCUGCUGCGCUUCAGCUGUGAAGCUGGCCACGUGCUCCGGGGAUCAUCAGAGCGAACCUGUCAAGCUGACGGCUGGUGGAGCGGCUCGCAGCCUGAGUGUGGAGUGAUCUCUUGUGGGAAUCCUGGGACUCCAAGCAACGCCCAAGUUGUGUUCAGUGACGGCCUAGUUUUCUCCAGCUCCAUCGUCUAUGAGUGUCGGGAAGGUUACUACGCCACAGGCCUGCUCAGCCGCCACUGCUCAGUCAAUGGCACCUGGACAGGCACUGACCCCGAGUGCACAGUCAUAAACUGUGGGGACCCUGGGAUUCCAGCCAAUGGCCUCCGGCUGGGCAAUGACUUCAGGUACAACAAAACCGUGACAUACCAGUGUGUCCCUGGCUAUACGAUGGAGUCUCAUAGGGUGUCUGUGCUGAGCUGCACCAAGGACCGAACGUGGAAUGGUACCAAGCCUGUCUGCAAAGCUAUCAUGUGCGUGCCGCCUCAGCUCAUCCCCAAUGGGAAAGUAGUGGGAUCUGACUUCACGUGGGGCUCCAGUGUGACCUAUGCCUGCCUGGAGGGGUACCAGCUCUCCCUGCCCGCGGUGCUCACCUGCGAGGGAAACGGGUCCUGGACCGGGGAGCUGCCUCAGUGCUUCCCGGUGUUUUGUGGAGAUCCUGGUGUCCCGCCCCGCGGGAGGAGAGAGGAUCGAGGCUUCUCUUACAGGUCGUCCGUCUCCUACUCCUGCCACCCCCCUCUGGUGCUGGUGGGCUCUCCACGCAGGUUUUGCCAGUCAGAUGGGACGUGGAGCGGCACUCAGCCCAGCUGCAUAGAUCCAACACUGACCAUGUGUGCAGACCCCGGCGUGCCACAGUUUGGGAUUCAGAACAAUUCCCAGGGCUACCAGGUUGGAAGCACGGUGCUCUUCCGCUGUCAGAAAGGUUACCUGCUUCAGGGCUCCACCACCCGGACCUGCCUCCCCAACCUGACCUGGAGCGGAACCCCGCCUGACUGUGUCCCCCACCACUGCAGGCAGCCAGAGACACCAACACACGCCAACGUCGGGGCCUUGGACUUGCCCUCCAUGGGCUACACACUCAUCUACUCCUGCCAGGAGGGAUUCUCCCUCAAGGGCGGCUCCGAGCACCGCACCUGCAAGUCGGAUGGCAGCUGGACGGGCAAGCCGCCCAUCUGCCUGGAGGUCCGGCCCAGUGGGAGACCUGUCAACACUGCCCGAGAACCGCCACUCACACAAGCCUCGGUUCCUGGGGAUGUUUUUGCCAAGAAUUCUCUGUGGAAAGGGGCCUAUGAGUACCAGGGGAAGAAGCAGCCGGCCAUGCUCAGAGUGACUGGUUUCCAGGUUGCCAACAGCAAGGUCAAUGCCACCAUGAUUGACCACAGUGGUGUGGAGCUUCACUUGGCUGGAAUUUAUAAGAAAGAAGAUUUCCAUCUGCUGCUCCAAGUGUACCAGAUCACAGGGCCCGUGGAGAUCUUUGUGAACAAGUUCAAAGAUGAUCACUGGGCUUUAGAUGGGCAUGUCUCCUCAGAGUCCUCCGGAGGCACCUUCAUCUACCAAGGCUCCGUCAAGGGCCAAGGCUUUGGGCAGUUCGGCUUUCAAAGACUUGACCUCAGGCUGUUGGAGUCAGACCCUGAGUCCAUUGGCCGCCACUUCGCUUCCAACAGCAGCUCCGUGGCAGCCGCGAUCCUGGUGCCUUUCAUCGCCCUCAUCAUCGCGGGCUUUGUGCUCUAUCUCUACAAGCACAGGAGAAGACCCAAAGUUCCGUUCAAUGGCUAUGCUGGCCAUGAGAACACUAAUGUCAGGGCCACAUUUGAGAACCCAAUGUACGACCGCAACAUCCAGCCCACAGACAUCAUGGCCAGCGAGGCGGAGUUCACAGUCAGCACAGUGUGUACCGCGGUAUAGCCACCAGACCCGGCCGCCUCCACAGCCACCGAGAGCCCCGCCUCCAGCAGCUG